AUGGCAGACAUGAACGAGGAAUUGGUUGAUUAUGAAGAGGAGCAGGGGACGUUGCCCACGAGACAAGUCAUUAAGUCGGCCACCGGCGGAGAUGGCAUGAUUGGCCGUGGAAGUUACGUUGCAAUUCAUGCCUCUGGUUUUAGGGAUUUCUUCCUCAAACCGGAACUCCUGAGGGCUAUCGGAGAUGCCGGCUUUGAGCACCCUUCGGAAGUCCAACAUGAAACAAUUCCUCAUGCGAUCACUGGCGUGGAUAUUUUAUGCCAAGCGAAAUCAGGAAUGGGUAAAACAGCAGUGUUUGUGUUAUCUGUAUUACAACAAAUCAACGCACCGGAUCAGCCCACAGAUUCCACCAGUGGUGUUGUCUGUUUGGGCAUAUCUCACACCCGAGAGCUUGCCUAUCAAAUCAAAAAUGAAUUUGAUCGUUUUGGAAAAUAUAUCAAAAAUGUCAAAUGCGAAGUUGUUUAUGGGGGCAUUCCUAUUCAAAAAAAUAUAUCAAUGCUUAAAGAUCCAUCAACUUGUCCACACGUACUGGUAGGAACUCCAGGGCGUAUUCUAGCUCUGAUAAAAGGGAGAUACCUAAAUACAGACAAGAUCCAGCAUUUUGUGUUAGACGAGUGCGAUAAGUGUCUAGAAAAGUUGGACAUGAGGAAAGAUGUUCAAAAUAUAUUCAUUUCCACACCUAAGAAGAAACAAGUCAUGUUCUUUUCUGCCACUAUGACGCCUGAGAUCAAAGCCGUUUGCAAGAAAUUUAUGCAAUCACCUGUGGAAGUAUUUGUUGAUAACGAGUCAAAACUUACGCUACACGGACUGUUACAGUACUAUGUGAAGUUACAGGAAUCGGAUAAAAAUAGGAAAUUGAACGAUCUAUUGGAUGCACUAGAAUUUAACCAAGUUAUUAUCUUUGUGAAAUCUGUUUCCAGGGCGCAAAUAUUAGAUAACUUGCUUACAGAGUGUAACUUCCCGAGUAUCGCCAUACAUGCGGGAUUGGAGCAGGCCGAAAGAAUUACCCGAUACAAUCAAUUCAAGAAUUUUGACAAGCGCAUUAUGGUAGCAACUGAUUUAUUUGGCAGGGGCAUAGAUAUCGAGAGGGUUAAUAUAGUAAUCAACUACGAUAUGCCAGAUUCCACUGAUUCCUACCUGCACCGAGUUGGCCGCGCUGGUAGAUUUGGCACUAAAGGCUUAGCUAUAACUUUUGUGUCCACAGAUGAAGACUUGGCAUCGUUACAGAGUGUACAGACGAGAUUUGAGGUUACAAUUUCAGAAAUGCCAUCAUCAAUAGACUCUUCGUUAUACCUAAACCAGUAA